UUUGGGUUCACGAACUUUCCAGACGGGGCCGGCCGGGUAACGUUCACUCCUUUUUUCUAGUUGAAAUCAUUUCAAAGCAGCAUUUUGUCUAAUAUUUAUCUUCAAUCUUAAAGUUGGGACUCGAUACUCCACACGCCAAAGAGCAACGAUGACGAUCUUUGUCCCGUAACGUUUGAAAUGAGUGGCUAAAAAUAGUCGAAGCAGGUCAAAGGGCACGCGUCACGUCUUUUCUGCACGCAGAGCUCGUUAAGCUCCAAGACGGCCCUCGUUAAGCUUCGGCGGACGUUUCCGACGGAGCCGAGUCAGCUGCCCUCGCCGGAGCUCGCCCAAUCAGAGAGCCGGUCUCACUGACCCCGCCCGCCCCCGCCGGCAGCCUUUAAAAGCUUUUCCCGCACGCCGCUCGUCCUCGCCGACCUCCCCCAAGAGGCCAUCAUGGAGCGAACGUUCAUCGCAGUGAAGCCGGACGGCGUCCAGCGAGGUUUGUGCGGCGAGAUCAUCAAACGCUUCGAGCGACGAGGCUUCAGGCUGGUGGCCGCCAAGUUGAUGCGGGCGUCCGAGGAGCACAUGAAGACGCACUACGCCGACCUGAAGGCCGCUCCGUUCUACGCCGGACUCUGCCAGUACAUGUCCUCCGGACCCGUCUUCGCCAUGGUGUGGGAGGGGCGGCGCGUCGUCAAGCUGGCGCGGAUGAUGCUGGGAGAAACCGACCCGGCCGAGUCCAAACCCGGAAGCGUCCGAGGAGACCUGUGCGUCGACAUCGGCAGGAACGUGAUCCACGGCAGCGACACAGUGGAAAACGCCAAGCGGGAGAUCCAAUUGUGGUUCAAGGCUGACGAGAUGCUGGACUACGCCUCCUGCGCGCAGGCCUGGCUCUCCGAGUGAAACGCAAAACCCCAAAAAUCGAGCUUCACGUGAUUGCGCAAUCUGUGUGCGUGCGUGCCAGCAGGGGGCGACGCUCUUUGGUUCAAUGACACGCACUCCACACGAGACUUCAAUAAACACAUGCCACGUUCACACUUUACAUGUACACGUAUAUGAAUAUAUAUCCAUCCAUCUAUUGUCUUAGCCGCUUAGCCUCACAAGGGUCGCGGGAGCGCCGGAGCCUACCCCAGCUGUCGUCGGGCGGGGUACGCCCUGAACCGGGCAGGGCACGCGGAGACAGACGACAGCCGCACGGGGCAAUUUUGAGUGUUUUUGGGACGCGGGCGGAAACCGGAGAAAAGCCACGCAGGCACGGGGAGAGCAUGCAAACUCCACGCAGGCGGGGCCGGGAUCCAACCCGGGUCCUCAGAACCGUUAAAUCCACCGUGCCGCCUUAAAACAUAUAUAUACACACAUACAAACACCCAAUCACACCGUA